CAUCUCCACCUAAAAUAUCAAUGGUAGUACGACCUUCAAAAGAUUUUGAUCAGAAAUUUCUCCGUCAAAACAACUUUCAAAUGCAGAAGUUCAUCCCAAUCAUGAAAACUGUGCUAUUUUGUUAGUUGCAGCUCAGUCUCCAACAGAACUGCGGUUUUUGACCCGCAAACUACUAAAUCAGCCUAAAAAGGUUGUCAACAAAGCUAUGAAUGCAGCUUUAGAACCUCCUCUACAGAUGCUGUCCAAAAAAUACCAACUGCUGCCCUUGCCUUCAUCCUCAACAACAAUAUUUCCAAAAGAACAUAUUGCCAACUAAAAAAGGAAUGUGCUGAAAACUUUUCUGAUAUUUGGCCAAAUUAUAAUGCUAAUCACAUGGAAGCUUGCGAAUGUCUACCUCUUUAUUGUGUAAAUCAAUGUGGCAUGAAACUUUUUCGUAAAGAGAUGUCAUCUCAUAUCGCUGAUAGUUGCGCUAAUACAAUUAUUAAUUGUAAAUAUUUUUACAUUGGAUGCAAUUUCAAAGGAAUGAGAAAAGAACAAGAUGCUCAUGCCAAUUCUUCAACACAAAAUCAUCUUUCAAUGGCAAUAUCAAAAGUUGCUGCACUUGAAAAUAAAAUUAUGUUUAAUGAGAAAGAAAUGGAAGCAAAAAUGACCUCUCUCAAAAAUGAAAUGAUUUAUUGCAAUAAUCAUUGUCAUCGUUGUUAUCGACAUUCUUGA